AUGAUUGGAUUAGUGCUCUACACACGGCUUCUUCUUUUCUACCCUGCUUCCUUUUUUGGCGUUGCAGUUUACUACGUAUCCAACACCCAUCCGCAAUUUAUGUAUGUUAAUAUGCGCAUGGACAGAUUUGCCACGAUAGACAUCGACAGUUGGACCUAUGAGACGAGACCUCAGUCAGAUCUUGCCAGGUCCUACAGUAGCGGGGGUCAACCACCUUCCAUCGGAGAUGUGAGGCAAAUGGUCGUUUCUGAACCCUCCGGCAGUAAUCAGAUGUCCAGCGAUGGACAACCACCGUCGGUCAACGACAUAUGUAGACGAGAACCAUCUCAAAGUGAGCCGUCGUGCACCCGCUAUGAGUAUGAGGGUUCUGAUGCACAUGAAGUUCAGCAGCCUGGCAUUUGGGAAACAGGUGUUGAGAAGAAACACAAUAUAAAUCCGGAGCUAUGGCGUGCCUGCGCCGGACCUCUGGUCAAUUUACCAGCGGCUGGGACCCACGUCGUCUAUUUCCCACAAGGCCACAGCGAACAGGUUUCAGUUUCAUUUUCGCUUUCCUAAACUUCUGCUAUCUUGCGCCU